GUGCUUUUGAGUCCGAACAGCCGGUGAACUUGGGCACCACAUUCUGGGUUGACCGAAGCCCCCAACCUCUUCCCACCCGGAGGAUGGUGAACGCCUGCAGCUGCUGCUGACCCGGUCGGCCUCCGCCGCCGCUGCUUCUCCAGGGCUGCCGAGUGGCAGGGGGCGCACCCCCCCCCCCCCCCCAGUCUCCUCCGUUUGCUGGUUUGUGGGUGAACCUGCAAGCUCCUUACCCACCCAGAGGACUUUUUUUUUUUUUUUUUUUUUGGAAAGGAAACAAGAGGGAGGGAGAAGGAAAGAGGGAGACACAAGGAAGCGGAGCUCGUCCAUCCAUUGAAGCACAGUUCACUAUGAUCUUACUCACACUCAGCACUGGAAGACGGUUGGAUUUCGUGCAUCAUUCGGGGGUGUUUUUCUUGCAAACCUUGCUUUGGAUUUUAUGUGCUACAGUCUGCGGAACGGAGCAGUAUUUCAAUGUGGAGGUCUGGUUACAAAAGUACGGCUACCUUCCACCAACUGAGCCCCGGAUGUCGGUACUGCGCUCUGCAGAGACCAUGCAGUCUGCCCUUUCUGCCAUGCAGCAGUUCUAUGGCAUUAACAUGACAGGGAAAGUAGACCGAAACACAAUUGACUGGAUGAAAAAGCCUCGAUGUGGUGUACCUGAUCAGACAAGAGGUAGCUCCAAAUUUAAUAUUCGUCGAAAGCGAUAUGCAUUAACAGGACAGAAGUGGCAACACAAACACAUCACAUACAGUAUAAAGAACGUAACUCCAAAAGUAGGAGACCCUGAGACCCGAAAAGCUAUACGUCGUGCCUUUGAUGUGUGGCAGAAUGUAACUCCUCUGACAUUUGAAGAAGUUCCCUACAGUGAGUUAGAAAAUGGCAAACGGGAUGUGGAUAUAACCAUUAUUUUUGCAUCUGGUUUUCACGGAGACAGUUCUCCCUUUGAUGGGGAGGGAGGAUUUUUGGCACAUGCUUAUUUCCCUGGACCUGGGAUUGGAGGCGAUACUCAUUUUGAUUCGGAUGAACCAUGGACACUUGGAAAUCCAAACCAUGAUGGAAAUGACUUGUUUCUUGUAGCUGUUCAUGAACUAGGACAUGCUCUGGGACUUGAGCAUUCCAAUGACCCCACUGCUAUCAUGGCUCCUUUUUAUCAGUACAUGGAAACAGACAAUUUCAAACUUCCUAAUGAUGACUUGCAAGGCAUCCAGAAGAUAUAUGGUCCACCUGACAAGAUCCCUCCACCUACAAGGCCUCUACCAACAGUGCCCCCACACCGCUCUAUUCCUCCUGCUGACCCUAGGAAAAAUGACCGGCCCAAGCCUCCUAGGCCUCCCACCGGCAGACCUUCCUAUCCAGGAGCCAAACCAAACAUCUGUGAUGGGAACUUUAAUACUCUAGCUAUUCUUCGCCGUGAGAUGUUUGUUUUCAAGGACCAGUGGUUUUGGCGAGUGAGAAACAACAGGGUGAUGGAUGGAUACCCCAUGCAAAUUACUUAUUUCUGGAGAGGCUUACCUCCUAGUAUUGAUGCAGUAUAUGAAAAUAGUGAUGGGAAUUUUGUCUUCUUUAAAGGUAACAAAUAUUGGGUGUUCAAGGAUACAACUCUUCAACCUGGUUACCCUCACGAUUUGAUUACUCUUGGAAAUGGAAUCCCUCCUCAUGGUAUUGAUUCAGCCAUUUGGUGGGAGGAUGUUGGGAAAACCUAUUUCUUCAAAGGGGACAGGUAUUGGAGAUAUAGUGAAGAAAUGAAAACCAUGGACCCCGGCUAUCCCAAGCCAAUCACAGUCUGGAAAGGCAUCCCUGAAUCUCCUCAGGGAGCCUUUGUGCACAAAGAAAAUGGCUUUACAUAUUUCUACAAAGGAAAGGAGUAUUGGAAAUUCAACAACCAGAUACUCAAAGUAGAACCUGGAUAUCCAAGAUCCAUCCUCAAGGAUUUUAUGGGCUGUGAUGGACCAACAGACCGAGAUAAAGAAGGACACAGCCCACCAGAUGAUGUAGACAUUGUCAUCAAACUGGACAACACAGCCAGCACUGUGAAAGCCAUAGCUAUUGUCAUUCCCUGCAUCUUGGCCUUAUGCCUUCUUGUAUUGGUUUACACUGUGUUCCAGUUCAAGAGGAAAGGAACACCCCGCCACAUACUGUACUGUAAACGCUCUAUGCAAGAGUGGGUGUGAUGUAGGGUUUUUUCUUUCUUUCUUUCUUUUCCAGGAGUUUGUGGUAACUUGAGAUUCAAGACAAGAGCUGUUAUGCUGUUUCCUAGUUAGGAGCAGGCUUGUGGCAGCCUGAUUCAGGGCUGACCUUCAAACCCAGAGGGUUGCUGGUCCUGCACAUGAGUGGAAAUUCACUCAUGGGGAAGCUUCCAUGAUGCACAGUAUCUGCCGUUCUUCAGUCCUUUGUCUUUCUUUGUCAUUCAGUUCUAGGCCUUCCUCUGCACGCCCAAUGCCCAGUUAAAUUUCAGGAUCAAUCAAAAAAGAGGAAAAACAAGAAGAAAAGAUUCUUCACAAAGGUUUUUAAUAUUUUUUUUCCUUUUGAAGUCUGAGCCCAUUUCUGGGAAAGAGAGAUUAUUUUUACCAAAAAAAAGAAAAAAAGAAAAUAAUAAGAAGAAAGAAAAGCAGAAGACCCAAUUUUUUUUCUUUAAAGCAAAGGAAAAUACAGUUUCAACAACAAAAAUCCACCAUUGAACUUUCAGGAAAGUGUGAAGACCCAAAACAGCUUUGUCUCCAAAGAAGAUAGCUCUGUGACAGCUAAGGAUAGUCUCCUACGCAGCCCUGUGUCAGGUGGGAGUUCUGGAAUACACAUGCAGGACUUACAGACUGUUGGGACAGCCAUUUUCCAACAAACAAGGGGCCAAAAUAUCUGCAAUAUAGUAACAGCCUUAAUAAUACAUCCAUUUUUCGUUUUA